AUGCACACGUCCGGAAGUGGUACUGGAAGUGGCUACUGGUCUUCUGAUGCAUGGGAUCCUGAUAGCCGAGUCUACACGGGCGCUGACAUCUUCCACACCCACCGUUUGGCAGUGCAGAGUGAUGAAGCACCGCCGGCAGAGCCAUCUGAGCCACGCACAGAGGCUGAGCCAAAGAUGAGGCGGGGUGACAGUGCCUCAUACUGGGGUGCUAUGGAUGGCUUGGAUGAGGUCCGCUCCAUGGACCUGGGCAUUGGGAAUAUCUCUUUGGCCCGCUCCCCGCCAGCUAAAAAGGUAUCAUUCGAUGGGCCGCAGCAAGCUGCAUCACAAGCACCGCAACAUGCUCACCCACAGUUGCAGCACCAGGGCAGUUCUGAGUAUUGGACCUCCGGCAACUGGGACUUUGACUCCAGAGCUCAGCGCCCAGUGAAGCCUGAGAAGGUGGAGAAAAUUGAUGUAGAUGUUCUUGACACACCAUCUACCCAAAGCGGCGGAGGGAGAAGCCUUCCGCGCAAGGAUAGCAAUGCCUACUGGGAUGCAGAGCAAUGGGACCCCGAUGAGAGGGUCUAUGUUGGAGCAGAGGCCGGGCAGACCAAUCACCUCACGGCGGUGAUCCAAAGCGAUGACAAGCUGAUUCGUGCAUGGGCCGGGGGCCUUUCGUGCCCUGGCUCAUUCUCUGGACCUGUCGACAUUCUGAAGGCCCUGGAGUGGAAGGGUGCUGAGACUCCUGAGUUGCAAGAUCUUUACGACGUCACGGCCGAGUCGGUGGGCUUCGGAAGCUUCGGGAUCGUGCGGAAGGCGACCCAUCGGGAAACCGACACGCACUGUGUGGUCAAGAGCUUGAAGAAAUCACAGAGUGGCUCUAGCUACAAAUCUCAGGUGGAUGGUGGACUCUAUGAUGAACUUAUGUCUAUGUCGGUUCAUUCUCCGUAUGCUGGGAUUGUGAAAUACAUGGACCUGCUUGAGAGCGCAGACCACUACUAUGUUGUCAUGGAAGACCUUCAGGGCCCAGAACUCCUCGAGCAAAUGGAGAGGCUUUUCCCAGUGACCGAAGCUCACUGUCAGGGUGUUAUGCGCGAAGUCUUAAUGUCGCUGGCGCACAUCCAUGACAAAGUGAAGGUGUGCCACCGCGAUAUCAAGCUUGACAACUUUCGAUACCGAAGUGUAGAGCCUGGCUCUCCCUUGGUUCUUUUGGAUUUCGGCUUCCUUGCUCGGUUGGACAAGCCGUGGGACGGCAAAAAGUGUGGCACACGAAUGUACAUGGCUCCAGAGGUCAUUGCAGAUGCAGUCGAGCAACCAUACUUGGCUGCGAUCGACAUGUGGUCUGUUGGAGUCAUUUUGUAUACUCUCUUCACAGGAGACUGCCCGGUCCAACCGGAGGAGAUGCAGACUUUGGGCACCAGAAGCCAUGAAGCUCAGGAGCUCUUGGCAAAGGCGCUGCAAGCUGAACGAUUGAAUUCCAUUUCAAGUGAAGAGAUUUGGCUGCACAGACAAUGGUGCCCAAGCUUCUUGCCGCUGCUAGCCUCCCAUGUCUAUCCAAGGCUAGAGAUCUUCUUCGCCAGCGAGCUCCCGCAUAACAGCUGCAAGCGCUUUGAAGCACCCUUGGCCGUGACCUUUGCUGCGAGACACGCUGUGCCUCCAACUGGAUGCAGCUUCAGCUGUACCAGCUCGCAGGGGUUCUUAUCGGAAGGUGGCAACGAAAAGCACGAAGGAGGUGCUUGGGCUGCGGACCUCGAAUGGCCUGUGGUUUGGAUUGUGAAGGCACUCUUGUUGCUGGUGUUGAGUGUAGCAAUGCCGGAAGUAACGGGUGGUGGUAUUCUAUGUUCCGACCACUGCUUUGAGAGAGCGAUGCCUGCCAGGCUGGAUCAGAUGUUGUCAGGGGCAGCGGCGUUUAUGGCCCCACCGGUGAACCUUGGGGCCCCUGGAGGUGCUGGACCGGUUUCGGACCUGUCCGCCUGGCAGCCACCAACAACUCCGAUGGACUUCUCGAAACUUGGAGCAUUGUCCAGUCAAGACUUUCCGGUGCCCAGGGACAUGGUAGAAUACCUGAUGACCCCAGAGCACAGGCAAAUCUUGCUUGAGGAGACAGGCUGCGAUGUGGACUGGGCACCGGAUGAAGCCAAGGUCAUCCUCAAGGGCUCAGCAGAGCAGAUUCGCAAGGCGGAACGACUGCUCCAAAGAGUCUUGAUGCAUAGCAAUUGGGGCCGCAGUGAAGUCAAGGUUCGUCGACUCCUAAAGCCGCCGAUCAUUGAGUCGGCGGUUUGCCGGCUGUCGCCAAUGAACACCCUUCCACCUGGGCAGAAGACGCUGAGCCAGACACAGCCGAUUCUGUCAAUCGGAAAGGAUAAGGCCAAUGACGUAGUUAUCCCUGCGCAGAUCGUCUCCAGACAACACUGCGUGCUGGAACUCGACGUAGAGCGUGGCGCUGUCUAUGUCAUUGAUUGCAGCACCAACGGCACCUACCUAAAUGGACUCAGACUACCUCCAAAGUCCACAGGAAAGGUGUUGUUGUCUCAUGGCGACGAGCUGUUGCUGCAAGAUCCUGGCAACGGGGAUCAAGAGUUUGGCUAUGUGGUGAACAUUCAGGAGCUGAACGUCAGGGAGCGAGCGAAGCUCCAGGCUCCACGUCGCAUUCUGACCACAGAGGAGUCUGCCACCAUUGGCCGUGACUUCCAGUGA